AUUGAAUUCGCCUGAAAGUGGGUCUCGCCGAGCUGACCUCUCUGCUCCCCCCCUUUCUCCGGCGAAGGUUUGCUCCCCAUGAGGUGAUUUGCGGUUGAUCGAGAGAGCUUAGAUUCGCGAGCGGUUUAGGGUAGGGAGAAGAUGGAGAGGUUUCUGAAGGAGAACUUCGAUUUGCCGGCGAAGAAUCCGUCGGAGGAGGUGCAGCGGAGAUGGCGAAGUGCUGUAGGACAGAUCGUUCUGAAUCGCAGGAGGAGGUUUCGGAUGGUUGCCGAUCUUGAUAAAAGAUCGGAGGCUGAGGCUCGACGCCGCAGCAUCCAGGAAAAGAUUCGUGUUGCUCUGUAUGUUCAGAAGGCUGCUUUGACGUUUAUUGAUGCUGCAAAUAAUAUCGAAUAUAAGCUUCCUGAGGAGGCUAGGAAAGCCGGUUUCUACAUUAGCCCUGAUGAAUUAGCCACCAUUGCACGAGAGCACAAUUCAAAGAGCUUAAAAUUUCAUGGAAGUGUUGAUGGGAUAUCCAGAAAAUUGUCCGUCUCUCUGGAAGACGGCAUUAAGACAAGUGAUUUGUCUGAAAGACAGAAUGUUUUUGGAGCCAAUAAAUUUCCGGAGAAACCAGCUAGAAGUUUCUGGAUGUUUGUAUGGGAUGCAUUGCAAGAUUUGACCCUAAUAAUUCUUAUGGCCUGUGCCGUAGUUUCCAUAGGAGUUGGGCUUGCCACCGAAGGUUGGCCAAAGGGGAUGUAUGAUGGACUUGGGAUCAUCCUUAGUAUCUUCUUGGUAGUUUCCGUCACAGCUGUCAGCGACUACAAACAAUCACUGCAGUUCAGAGACCUCGACCGAGAAAAGAAAAAGAUUUUCAUGCAAGUUACCAGAGAUGGUUACAGACAAAAAGUCUCCAUCUACGAUCUCGUUGUUGGAGACAUUGUUCAUCUUUCUAUUGGGGAUCAGGUCCCAGCUGAUGGGCUUUACAUAUCUGGCUAUUCAUUAUCAAUAGAUGAGUCAAGCUUGUCUGGCGAAGCUGAUCCUGUGCAAGUUUCUAAUGAAAAGCCAUUCCUACUAGCUGGAACUAAAGUUCAGGAUGGGUCUGCUAAAAUGUUAGUUACAGCAGUAGGUAUGAAAACUGAAUGGGGAAGACUGAUGGAAACUUUGAGCCAGGGAGGUGAGGACGAAACACCUUUGCAGGUGAAGCUUAAUGGUGUUGCCACAAUCAUUGGAAAGAUAGGUUUGGUAUUUGCCACACUAACUUUUGUCGUGUUGGUGGUCAGAUUUCUAGUGGACAAGGCGAUUCAUGUUGGCUUGUUAAAAUGGUUCCCAAAUGAUGCGUUGCUAAUACUAAAUUACUUCGCAAUUUCGGUCACCAUAAUCGUCGUUGCAGUUCCGGAGGGGCUACCUUUAGCCGUGACAUUGAGUCUCGCAUUUGCGAUGAAGAAACUGAUGGAUGAUAAGGCGCUUGUGAGGCAUUUAUCAGCAUGUGAGACGAUGGGAUCUUCAGGAUGCAUUUGCACUGAUAAAACUGGAACUUUGACAACAAAUCACAUGGUAGUUGAUAAGAUUUGGAUUUGUGAAGAGUCUAAAUCAUGCAGGGGUAAGGAAACUUCAGAGCAUUUGAAGGCCACUUUGUCCGGUGAGGUAUUAGGAAUUCUUUUGCAGUGUAUAUUCCUAAAUAGUGGGUCAGAAGUGGUAAGAGGAAAAGAUGGAAAAAACACCAUUUUGGGUACUCCAACUGAAACUGCGCUGUUGGAGUUUGGCUUGGAUCUUGAAGGAGUCGUCGACACCACCCAGCAUCGAGAUUGCACGAGAUUGAAGGUGGAACCUUUUAAUUCUGUUAAGAAGAAGAUGUCUGUUCUUGUUUCUCGUCCAGGAGGAGGAUAUCGUGCUUUCUGCAAAGGCGCAUCUGAAAUAAUUUUGCAGUUGUGUGAUAAGAUUCUUGAUCGUGAAGGAAAUGCUGUACCUUUAUCUGAAAAACAAACAAAAAGUAUAAUGGAUGUCAUUACUAUUUUUGCCAAUGAUGCUUUAAGGACACUUUGUUUGGCCUACAAAGACAUGGAUGAAGUGUCAAAAGGUGAUGAAAUUUCCACUGAUGGUUAUACACUGAUAGCUGUUUUUGGAAUAAAAGAUCCAGUGCGUCCUGGGGUAAGGGAAGCAGUUCAGACUUGUAUAACUGCUGGAAUAAUAGUUCGGAUGGUAACCGGAGACAAUAUUAAUACAGCUAAAGCCAUUGCCAAAGAGUGUGGAAUAUUGACAGAUGAUGGUUUGGCAAUAGAAGGACCUGAAUUUCGCAGCAAGAGCCCAGAGGAGUUGAAGGAGUUAAUUCCUAGGCUCCAGGUAAUGGCUCGAUCGUUGCCUCUAGACAAGCAUACUUUAGUGACCAAUCUGAGAAAGAUGGGUGAAGUUGUUGCAGUCACUGGAGAUGGGACCAAUGAUGCUCCCGCUUUACAUGAGGCUGACAUCGGUCUUGCGAUGGGUAUUUCAGGCACAGAGGUUGCGAAAGAAAACGCUGAUGUGAUUAUCUUAGACGACAACUUCACCACCAUUAUAAAUGUUGCUAGAUGGGGCCGUGCUGUAUAUAUUAACAUCCAAAAGUUCGUACAGUUCCAGCUGACCGUAAAUGUUGUUGCUCUUAUAGUCAAUUUUGUCUCUGCAUGUAUAACAGGAGAUGCUCCUCUCACUGCCGUGCAGCUGCUAUGGGUUAAUAUGAUCAUGGAUACACUCGGCGCCUUAGCGCUAGCAACAGAACCUCCAAAUGACGAAAUGAUGAAGAGACCGCCAACCGGCCGCGGCGAGAAUUUCAUCACAAAGGCUAUGUGGAGGAAUGUCAUUGGCCAGAGCAUCUAUCAACUUCUGGUUCUUGGAGUUCUCAUGUUCGGUGGAAAGAAGCUCCUCAAAUUAAGUGGAUCUGAUGCCGAUAUCGUGCUCAAUACUUUCAUAUUCAACACUUUCGUGUUUUGCCAGCUAUUCAACGAGAUAAACAGCCGAGAGAUGGAGAAACUCAACAUCUUUAAAGGAAUUUUCAGCAGCUGGAUCUUCUCCGCCGUCCUUAUUUCAACCCUAGUCUUCCAAGUCAUCAUCGUCGAGUUCCUCGGCGCCUUUGCUAGCACCGUCCCCUUGAGCUGGCAGCUAUGGCUCCUCAGCAUUCUCCUCGGAUCAAUAAGCUUAAUUAUAGCCGUUUUACUCAAAUGCAUUCCAGUUGGUUCUACCAAGCUCCCAUCCCUCCACCAGAAUGGCUAUCAGCCAAUCCCCAACGGUCCCGAAGAUGUUUAAAUAAAAAAAGGUUAGGAUAUCCUGUCUAAAAAUUUGGUAUUUAUACUUUCCAACCAUCCAAAACAUCGAAUAUAACAUUUUAACCACCCAAAAUUUCAAAUAUUACAUUUUAACAAUCCAAAACUUUCACUCAAAACCUCCAGUAGUGAGUAAAGGAGGUUUAUUUUAAAUGUUAUCUUUACAUUCAAUAUUUUGGGUGGUUGGUGUGGAAAAAUCUCAAAAAAAUUAGGCAUUUAAUGUGUGUUGGAGUCAUUAGAAUUGCUUUGAGAUUAGUUUUGAUGCAAGUUUAAUCUCUAUGCUGUACUGAUCUCAAAGCAAAUCUAAUGGCUUUGAGUCUUAUUAUGACUGAUUUUGAAAUCAGGAUAUUCUGACAACAAAAAUUUUCGGUUAUGUACUAUGGUUUUCUUCAUGUUUAUUUCCUGUAUUUUACAACGGAACCCAGCAGGGAGCUGCAGGUUGGCGUUCUUGAGGCCAUAGAAAAAAAUUUUGAAUCUGUGGUAUGUUUAAAUGCCCAAACUAUAUUAUGUCUGUAACAAUAUUUAUUAACAGAACGAUAUAAAAAGGUUUAUAGUGUUAAUAUACUUUAGAAUUUCAAUA